CGCAUCAGGUUGCAAACCCACUCCUCGUGUCUACUUGAUCUGUACCCCCGAAAAGUAUACUGGUUAUACUUGGAUCAUCGCCUCGUCCUUCUGCCGUUUGUCUUAUCGCUCUGCAACUGUGCCGCUGCCGACACCCUAAUUAUACAGUACUGACGACGGGCGGCCUCGACCAUAUCGGGAAUCGCCUCUGUGCCUAUCUCUCAUCACACUCACCUGAAGGAGGACCUUCGGGCUUUGCAGGUGUGCGCCACGGAUCAUCUGCCCUAUAGUCUGGCUCGCGUGCUGCUGCGGUUCACCUCGACUCGAACCAGCCCCAAAAAGACGUCACCACCAACGCCAACACCACGCAACCUGCACAGCCAGAAUCAAAAGGUCCCAAGAUUCGGGUCUCAGGUCAAUCCUCUGGUCCAGUGAGCACAUCUGUGUUUCCCAUCGCCAAGCGACUCUCGAUAUCAUGCUCCUAACUUUGGUGAUGCCGCAAUCACCUUACCCAUCAUCUCACACCACUGCUCGCACGACAAUGUCACUCGCCAUUUUACCAUCUGCACCCAUGGCUUAUAGCAACUCUUCCAAGCCUGUACUCAUGGGCUCCAAUCUACCUUCUCCUUCGAAGCGUCCUAAGCUUUCGUUGAACACUGCAGGCGCCCCAUCCGUCACCUUCGGGAAAGGUUCAACAAGCCUUCGUCUCGAUACUCUAUCAGCUGUGUCUCCGACGAGUAGGAACACCUUCAGCAAUGCAUACAACCCGAUUCAGCCAUUGCGAAAGUCAUUAUCAACACACUCUCCUCGCUCACCGCGAUCGCCUCGAUCGUUGCGCGUCCGGAGCUCAAAGCCAAGAACAUCGGAAGACGGCUUUCUAAAACCUGCCUCGUCACUUGAAUCAAGAACGUUCCCGUCAACACUACCACCAGUUGACCAAAACAUGCUCGAGGUUCCCUAUAAGCUCGCCUUGGGCGUGAUUUCGAUCCUGGCCAACAGCCCGCUCCCACGAUUGUCGCAUCACGACAAAGUUUCGGCAAAUGCUGAAGCGCGUCCUGCGCGGACGAAGCGAGUCUCUUUCCGCGCACCGUUAACGGAGGAGAUCCAAACGACCAAAUUUACCUUGCGACACUCCGAUAUCGAAUCUUCCACAUCGUCCAUCUCCACUCUAGAUCUUUCAAGGUCGGAGAGGAGGCCUUCGAGAGACGAAGUUGACGCGCGUGUUGCUCAGGACGAGCAAGACGAGGGUGUUUUUGGCGUCGAUUCGAAGACGGAAUCAAUAUCUCCUCAGACGGGCGAGAAGCGGGAAUCUUCCGACGAGGAGGACAGCGAUACGUGUCCUGUGACGCCAGUGGUGGGACGGAGGAAACGCCAGCGGGAGUGGGUCUGGACUUUGGGACCUGAGAAUCAAUCUGAGUACGAGACCCACUUUGCUAGCGAAGAUGUCGGCGCAAAGGAGACAUUGUUUUGUGACUUGACUCAUAGGUAGACAGAGGGAUGGACAUGGGAGUCAUUUUGGUUGGCUCGUCGCAUGAGAUACCCAUUGUUUCCACGCUUUACGACCAAUAUCUAGGUAAUCUGAUGGAUGAAAGAUGAACGAAUAUAAUAAUCACUACACA